AUGACUAAUGAUGAGAAUGGUAUCGAAUCGUUGACCAGCGGAAUCGACCCAAUGGAAAGAAUCGUAGAAAAAGUUAUCGCCAGUUUCCUACAGGCCUUACAAAAUAACAUAACCAAUGGAAUACUAGAACAUCGAGAAGGGCGCAUUAUGAUAAAACAGUUCCAAGACCUAAAACCUUCUAUAUUCAUAGGAGAUUCAAACCCAUUGCUGGCAGAAGCAUGGGUUAGAGAAAUAGAAAAGAUUUUUCGCAUAUUACCCUAUACCGAAGCACAAAAAGUAUCUUUUGCCACCUUCACCCUUAGGGAAGAUGCCCAAGAAUGGUGGCUUCUUACCUUGGAAAAAGAAGAAAUCGUAACCUGGGCAAGAUUUCUAGAAGUAUUCUAUGAGAAAUAUUUUUCGGACUCAUUACGAGAACAAAAGGUGUCAGAAUCUAUACACUUGAAGCAGAGAACAGUGAUGGUAGCAAAAUACGAGAAUAAGUUCACACGACUAGCAUGCUUUGCAACAUAUGUUAUUUCGAUAGAAGCCUAA